UCACCACGAGCCGUUUCCUCCAUAAAUGUCGAGAGAAACCGGGGAUUAAUUGAAGAGGAACCACCUGCACUGCCAAGUCGUUCACAUUAUAGUCACCGCCAUUUAUCUCAUGCAAUGGGUAAUCCCCAACCACCUACCUUACCACCCAAACCAGGAGAACUCAAAGAGGAGACCUCACUCUGCAAACUACACUCACAAACUGUUGUCGACGUCGCAGCUUCUAAAAGGAGGCAAGAAGAAGUAAAGCCAUCUAGAAGCGAUGAUCGGAAACAUCCCGUAUCUGCUGGAGGUCAUCAUCAUCACCAUCAUCGCCACACGAGACACCAAGAUGAACCUCCUGAAGCACCCCAUCGAUCAAGACGCCGACCUGUUCAAUCACCAGCCUUGGUCGGUGAGGAUCCACAAUCGUUGGGUAUUUCAUCACCGAUUCUGGGAGAAGAGAGGACCCGAGUGAAUGCUACGCGAGCUUCACCUGUCAUGACAGCUGUCACUUCAGCUUCUACUGGCAAAAAGAUACCUGCAUCCAAGGAUUAUAUGGAGAAGAUUGGGUCACACAAAGCGAGUAUCGAGGCUCUGAGAAGAGAACUACGUUCGGUAGAAACAGCCUCAUCCGCCGUGACAACAGUGACCAGUGGACCUGCAGUGAUCUCGAAUAUUUCACAAUCAUCUCGUAGAGGGGGAGACGAGGGCGCAGUACUAAAUGGUCGAGUCAAUACAUUUUCUAGAGGUCUUUUGCUGGAAGGUGGUGGAGGUGCUCAACUACCUUAUCCACCACCCUCAAUCUCUCCUUCCGACGAAGCUGCUGCAAGAUUAGCCGACGCAUCGGGGUCGGCGUCUUUCGGAGACUUGAGAAGCGCGAUUCUAGCAAGUACUGGAAAUACAAUGGUUGAUGGGCCGAAUCAACGGAAAGAGCUUCCGACAACACCGAAAGAAAAUGAUGGACUUCUUGCCGCACCCCAGGAUGCAACUUACCUUGAAUCAGAAUCUGACUCGGGACCUGAACAGGUGGGUAUAAACACAGUGAGACGAUCGAUACAUGAGCCGUCAACCUCCAAGCACACUAAAGCUCCACUGCCGGAAAUGUCAAGUCCUGGAGAAGCCCCCAGACCACCCUCUCUACCACGAUCAUCCAGCUUAUCUUCAACAAAUUCUUCGGUGUCUUCAUCGGUUGUCUCGUAUUCUCGUUCACAGUCUCUAUUCUCUCACGGAGCUGCAGUUUCAGACAAAUCAAGUCUCUCUCAACUGUCAUCAUCCUCAGAUCUGUCUUCCGAUACAGACCACAGUUUUUCCUCAAUGUCAACCUCUCCUGAACGCUAUUCACAUCACCGACAUCCGCAUCAUCAUUACCACGCCUGCCCCGAAUGCGUCUCCCGCUCUCAAGGUCAUCUCCAGUCUUACCUCAGUGGUGGUGGUGGUAGCCAUCGUAGCCUAUCCCGACAUAUCCAACGCCACUCAGCUUACUUCCAGGAACACAAGACGGAAGGGAAAAGAAGCAAAUCUAGCCACUCAUCUCGCAGCGGUGGACGACAUCCAGAUUCUUCUUUACUGAAGAGUCUCAUCAACGAUGAGAUUGCACUAGAGACGAUAAGUCGUCAGCAGAAACUCCUAAAGAAAGAGUUAGAGAAACAGAAAAAGCUAGCUGCCGAACUGGAAGAAGCUAAAAGGCUUACUCAAAAGCUCCUUGAAGAGAAGGUGCGGAUGGAAAAGCAAAUUGAAGAACCGAAAAAGCGAAGUUAUGAAGAAGAAGAAGAAGCAGACGCCAAAUCAUCAUUAAAAGAAAACCAAAGGGUGGAUGAGGAGAAGAAUAAGAAGAAGAAAGAAGAAUCUCCGGUUCCUAGUACUUCUCAUCAUCGUGAGGGACAUCAUAGGUCAUCGUCCUCCGGAAAGAGACAUCAUCAUCAUCAUCAUCAUAGAAAAGGUCAUAGACAUCGAAAGUCCUCAAGUGGUUCUGAUGAGGAACGAGGCUCCGAUGAAAAGUCCAAGAAAUCGCCUUGUGCUCGAGUUUCAUCAGAAAAAGGGUCGGAAAAAAGGGAGGAGGACUCGAAAGGUCGAGGUUCACAUCAAAAGCACAGUCACUCGAAGGGGCGACAUCGUCACCACCACAAAGCAUCAAACUAUGGUGAAAAGGACGAUCAGGAAAAUGCGUCUUUAAAGGAAAAGACAAUGGCAAAAGCAAAGAGAGAGAAGGAAGAAACCACAUCUCCAGAUAUGCACAAGCUCCAGGCACAACAAGCCUCGGGAGAAAUUAAGCAAGUAGGUGGGAAAGCUCAAUCUGAGUUGGAUUGCAAAGUGGGGAUUUUUCAGCAAUUAAAUGACGAGCUACCACCUCCCCCACCACAAUCACCUCCUCCAUCUCAAUAUGAAGCGAAAAGUCCUGAGGCUCAAAAGAAAAGCACCCCGAAAGAUGUUUUAUCAUCACCCCAAAAAAGAGACGGAGGAUCUUCUUUCCCUCCAACGUCCGAUGAAGCGGGGCUGGCCAAGGAUAUAAUUAAAGAGGCAUGA